GUACGAGCGGGUGGAUGAGAUCAUCUGGGUGAAAACCAACCAGCUACAGUGUAUUAUCCGAACAGGACGGACAGGCCAUUGGCUCAGUCACGGCAAGGAGCACUGCUUGGUUGGAGUGAAAGGAAACCCCCAAGGCUUCAACAGAGGUCUGGACUGUGACGUCAUUGUAGCAGAGGUUCGCUCCACCAGUCACAAGCCGGAUGAGAUUUACAGCAUGAUCGAGCAGCUUUCUCCAGGCACCUGCAAGAUCGAGCUGUUUGGGCAACCUCACAACGUACAACCCAACUGGAUCACUCUUGGCAACCAACUGGAUGGGAUCCAUUUGCUGGACCCCGAUGUGGUCGCUCAGUUCAAGCAAUGGUACCCGGACGGAAUUAUUUCCAAGCCUAAGAACAUGUAAGGCUGCACCAAAGAGAGGCUGCAGCAAUGGAC